GUGUCCCUAUCCGUGCUUAACUUCACGCAUCGGGGUUCGGGCGUGCACACGUGACACCAGGAUCAAAAAUUUUUAUGAAUUAUUUAUCGGAUUGUUUACUAAUGUGAAUGUAGUAAUGCAACGUGAUGCAUUGUAAUGCCUCGUUGUGUCGAUUUUUUUAGAAUUUUUUUAAUUAUUUUGCGCCUGCGAGAUUCGCCGCUACUUUUCGCCGGUUCCGGCGAUCUCGGUUAAAAAAAAGCAGACAUGAGAUAUUUAUGUAAAUAAAGAGAAGAAAAUUCAAUCGCAGCAUGUAUAAAAUUCCAAGAUGGCGCCGGCCAAUUACAACACCUGUUCUUCCGAAGUGGCGUGAAAGAAUAAAAAGGAAGAGAGAAAAAAAUGGAAGAUUCCUCUGUCACCCUCUGUAAACGCGAGUUUAAAUAGUUUUGUUACCUAUUUGAUUUUUCUUUUUUCAUCUAACUUGCGGAAAAACAUUUUUAAGAAAUUUUUUAAUACGAGAAAUUAAAAAAAGUUCUGCAUCACUUGAUAUUUAAAAUAAAUUUCGCGGUUGAACGCUCGGUUUUUAUAUUCUCUUGAAAGUCUAAUAGAGAUCAAGUUGAUUGACUUGUAAAUCAAGUGUAAGUCAAGUGUUAAAAAUACAGUGAUCAACAAACUGGCAGGAUAUUUUACUGUGCAAUAUGAAGCAGAAUGUUAAGUUCGUGGAUUUGCUUGAGGAUAGACGGAAAGAUUGCGAUCUCUUAUGGAUAACGCGCCCCAUGGAUCCAUUGCUACCACAUAUGCUGCCACCCGAUUCGGUCUACAACAGAGAGGAGAUUAUACGAGCUGUUUUGCUCGACAAUCAAGUCAGACUGGCUAUUGAUACCAUAGCAAGAACUACAGGUGUCAGAAUUAAGGAUGUCGAGACUAGCGCCCGUGCUAUGAUAAAUGAGAUGGCCAGCAAAGCAGACUUGGCAACAGUUCGUUGGCUAGGUAUCUUUAUCACAAAGGCUAUGAAGAGAAUGUUCUCAAAAAUUUACAUAAAUGAAAUGACAUUUUCUAACUUGAAGCAGGAAUCACAGAUAUCUCAAGUUCAAUAUAUCUAUGUGCCAUCUCACAGAAGUUACUUAGAUUUUAUUCUACUGUCAUGGAUUCUCUUCUCCUAUGAUAUGGCACUGCCAAACAUCGCUGCUGGCAUGGAUUUUUAUAAUAUGAAAAUAGUAGGAGAACUAUUGCGAAAAACCGGAGCAUUUUAUAUACGACGUAGUUUUUCUGAUGAUUUAUUAUACAAGCAAAUUUUCCGUUCGUAUAUUAACACUAUUGUUAGCCACAGCGAUAGGGCGAUAGAAUUUUUUAUUGAGGGUACACGAAGUCGCAGCCAGAAGAGCACGAUGCCAAAAUAUGGUCUUUUGUCCAUCAUUAUAGAAAGUUUGCUUCAAGGUGAUGUACCUGACAUACACUUUAUACCUAUGAGUAUUAAUUAUGAACGACCACCGGAAGAAUUGUUAUUUGUCUACGAAAUAUUAGGAAUUCCAAAGCCAAAAGAAAGUACGGUCGGACUCUUUCGGUCACUCUCCAUUCUACAGAAACCUUUCUCUUAUGGACGCAUUUUUUUCAAUAUCGGGGAAUCAAUAUCCACUCGUCAACUUGUAGACAAAGACUAUCGCAAAAGGAAAGUUCUAGAUCCAUCCUUCAAGAUUCCGUCAUCAGUAGUGAAGAAUAUAGCUUAUCUUAUAAUAGAAGCUCACAAGAAGAACACUGUACUUAUGCCGAUCAAUAUCGUCGCUUUGCUUCUCAAUGAAAGAAUCCAGAUAAAACCGAAAGAGCCGUAUACGCUUGAUUCAUUAGCCAAGGAUUAUUGUUGGUUUAAACGUUUUCUUACCAAAUCCUUGAAAGCUUUAAUGUUCGACGAAAUUGAAACUACUGAUAAUGAUAAGAUCAAACAGGAAAUAUUGGAAUCCUUAAAACCGCAUGACCAGUUGAUGGUCUUCGAUUCGUUGAAUACGCUAAAAAUCAAACAGAGACAUAAAAGUAGCAAACAAAUCAAUUAUUCAAAUAUCAAAGGAUAUCCUCUAUCUGAACGAACUAUGCAAAUAGCGGUACCCGCUAUUAAUAUUGUAAUUUAUGUCAAUCCGACUUUAGCUUUUCUGGCGGAAACAACUCUCAUUGCCGCGACGAUAGGAGAGAAUGGCACCCAAACUGGAAUAGCUUUUGAACGAUAUGAAGUAUUAAGAAGAUUGCUCAGCACAGAAUUUGUGAUGCGUCCGACUGAAGACAAAAUUUUAAUCAAAACAGAAUGGGAAAAAUCGUUGAAUGUAUUGCUAUUAGAGGAUUGCUUAUAUAUAGCAAAUAAUUCAAUUUUUAUAGGAAAUAAUACUAAAUUAUUUUCUAUUUUACAUAACGUUAUAUUACCUUUUAUAGACGUUAUAUAUGUAAUAUGCACUAUAUUAUCUGAGUGGACAGAAAGAACGUCAGUAGAACUCACGGAUCGGACGAUUCUUAUCGAAACGCAAAAAGAAGUAGAAAGAUUAAUGUUUGAAACUAAGGACUGUUGUCAACAUCCCUACUGUUUAUCACUCGAUUUGUAUAACACAACAUGGUCUAAUUUAUUAUCGCAAGGUAUUGUUAUCGCCGAACAUUCGAAUAUAUUUCGAACAGAUAAAACAAAAUUAAUAUAUCUUAUCGGUGCAUUGCGCGAAUUACCAUUAAGACGUUCUGUGGAAACUUAUAUUGAUGUAUUUCCUUCGAUUAUUUCAAUGUCAUCAGUGGAUAUACAAGCUAAGCUGUAA